AUUCUAUCCCGAAGAUUGAAGUCAGUGCGAAAUGUAGGCAUUUGAUUUAACACGGGUUGGGCCUUAACCCACACGGCCUCGGCCACUCACGCUCCUCUCCACCUAUCGACGGCAGCGAGCGACCGCCUUGGUUCCUCCACUCUCUUCGCUUCUCUAGCUUGGCUCCGUCAUUCACUCUCACUUCAGCUAUCUCGGCUCAGGUAUUCACCUCUCGUUCUCGGACUCUCUUGUCUCUCCUCUUUCUCGACGCAGUACGACGGCGUUUCCAGUUUCCACUCUCGCUCGCCAUGUGUAGGCGGCGAUAAUGGCGACGAUUUCCAUUCACGAUUCCAGUCCCUGCGAAGUUUGACUCGGUGACAAAUUGGGGCUCCCUUAUUUGAAAUAAAAGACGUGUUUAUUUGAAGCAUAUGCAUUGCGCACCUCUUCAUCAAGUUCACCAACAGGUUCGGGGUUCCACUAGAAAAGCCAGCCACAGCUUUGAGACAUGAUUUUCAGAGCUUCUCCAAUAAUUUGCAAGCUCCCUCGACAUUUGAUUUUCAACUCUCUUGCUUUCACGUACUCUACCGCCACGUGGUCAUCCUCGUCUUCUUCAUCUCCUACUUUUUUAGCAUCUACAAGGGAUUCUGCCAUUUUGACAAGGCUAAAUCAUAAAGACUGGUUAACUCCCAAAGAGGUGUUGACUCUUGUAAACUCCCUCACUGACCCAUCUUCAGCCUUUACAGUCUUGGAACUCUACUCCAAGCGCAAGGACUAUAAACCCAAUGAAUCCUUCUACCUCUCCAUCAUCCUCAAACUAGCUCAUGCCAAAAUGUUUGAUGCCAUUGACAAUCUCAUGCACAGAAUCAAACUCGAGAGGAACUGCCGUUUGUCUGAUGAUUUCUUCUACAACAUUAUCAAGGUCUACGGCAACAUGGCUGGUCGUAUAAACAAGGCAAUGGAGACCCUCUAUGACAUGCCCAAAUUCCACUGCUGGCCUAGCUCGAAAACCUUCAAUUUCGUCCUAAACCUCCUUGUAUCUGCCAAACUGUUAGAUAUUGCUCAUGAAGUUUAUACCUCAGCUCCUAAGUUAGGUGUUGAGAUCGAUGCUUGUUGCCUCAAUAUACUCAUCAAAGGCUUGUGUAAUUGUGGGAAGCUGGAGGCUGCAUUCCAAGUGCUUGAUGAAUUUCCCAGGAUAAAAUGUGAACCCAACGUGAGAACUUUCUCCACGCUGAUGCAUGCUCUCUGUGAAAAAGGGAAGGUGGAUGAUGCAUUUUUAUUGUUGGAUAGAAUGGAGGGAUAUGGUAUUUGGCCUGAUACGAUAUUGUUCAACAUACUGAUUUCUGGGUUGAGAAAACAGGGGAGAGUUGAACAAGGGAAAGAGCUAUUGGAGAGAAUGCAACUUAAAGGGUGUUCUCCUACUGCAAGUUCUUAUCAAGAAGUUCUGUAUGCAUUGCUUGAUGCUGAGAGGUUUGUUGAAGCCAAACAUCUCAUGGAUCACAUGGUUUUGAUGCGCAUCACUCCAAGCUUUGUGUCUUAUAAAUUGAUGAUUCAGGGACUGUGCAAGAUUAAUCUUGUGGGUGAUGUUGAUUGGGCUGUGAAGCAGAUGGUGCAGCAAGGUUUUGUGCCCAAGAUGGGGAUGUGGAAACAGAUUGUAACAAGUAUGGUUUCCCAAGGUCCUUCUUUUCAACUGGAAAGUUUUCUCUUGGAUUAAAAAUAAAAGACAUUUAUAACUUACAGCGUGACUUGUAAAAUUUUAUAUUUUAUUUUUAUAUACUAAAUAUUAACUGUAUAUUAAUUUAUAUUUAUAAAUUUUCAAUGUAUCAGUUUUGUUUAAACUUGAGCUUGACCUCACUUUAUUUCUUUCCUCACCAUUGACUGUACCAAGGGACGAAAAUAUGCCAAACACCUUAUUUGUUUUGCACUA